UUUUGCAUUCUGCCUUAGAAGCCAUCAGAGGCUGGACAGGGGGAAGAUGAAGGGAUGGAGGACCCCAGAAGGCCAAGGUCAUCACACCUAUUUCUUGUAACCUUGUCAUUUCUGCUUCACUAACUUCUCAGGUCACCCAGGAAGUGUCAGGGCGGCUGGCCCUAAGGCCACAACUUGAGGACCUUUGAUGUGAAACUGCCAGGCUUGACUAAAAGACAAGUAAGUGCCUAUGGGUUGGAUGAAGUCCCAGCCCCCACUCCAGAGAACAUUAAGGGAGGACAGUGACUGAGAGGGACACUCUACCUGGAGAUGAGUUUUCCUUGUUCUGCGUGACAUUUUAGAUAAAAUUGCACUAAUAACUACAAAUUAGAGCACUUAAAAAAAUUAUACUCUUAUAUGCUGAACCGUGCCCUCUCCCCCCAAUUCAUAUGUUGAAGUCUUAAACCCUGGGCAUCUCAGAAUGUGACCUCAGUGGAAGGUAGUCUUGACUGAGGUAAUUAAGUUAAAAUGAAAUCAUUAUGGUGGGUCCUGACCCAAUCAUCCUGGUCGAAAGGGAAAAUUUGGACAGAUAUAGGUAGAACACCAUGUGAACAUGAAGACAGCCAUUAACCAAGGAGAGAGACCCGGAACAGACCGUUCCCUUGUGACCCUCACAAGGAACUAUCCUGCUGGGUGUGGUGGCACGUGCUUGUAAUCCUGGUGGCUGGGGAGGAUCGCGAGUUCAAAGCCAGCCUCAACAACUUAUCAAGGCCCUAAACAACUCAGUGAGACCCUGUCUCUAAAUAAAAUAUAAAAAAGUCUCAGUGGUUAAACACCCCUGGGUUCAAUCCCCAGUACCAAACCAAAAAACUAUAUUCGUAUAUCUAGGAACCAUCCUGGCUAACGCCUUGAUUUUGGAAUUCAAGUAUCCAAAACUGUGAGACGAUACACUCUUUUUUUUUUUUUAACCACUCAGUUUGUGGUGUUUUGUUACAGCAGCCCUAGCAAACUAAUACACCUGCUUUCUCUCAAAACAUCAGCUGAUUUAGCAGUUGGAUCUGCCUGGCAGCUGGCCCCUUUGGAGAGGACACAUGCUCUCUGGUUCCACGGCCCCCUCACCCAGCCUGUCACUCACUCUCACACCACCUGCCUCACUCCUGCUUUGCUGAGGGCAAUGGCAGAUCUUGGCAAUAAUUAGCAGGAUCCUUGUGUGAUACCCAUGUCUGUGCGUCCUUUCCCUAGAAGCAGCCUUCAUUUCAUGCCCAGAGAGUCCCCAACUGCAACCCUAGAGGGGUUGGUAUAGAUGGAUGGUGGUGACACAUGAGUACCCCAGCAUCUCUGUGUCCUCCCCCAAAGCCCAGGCACCAGGCCCUUCUCUUCUCCAGGACCCAGGCGUUCAAGUCCCACCCCACUUUCAAUGGGCUAUUGUCCCAGACUGGGAAAGGCACGGGCAGAGUCUGACAUCAUGAAGCCUGAGGUGGGGGUGGGACUCCCCCUCCCCCAGCCUUCCCUGACUCCUCUCUCUGCUCUGGGUCUGAGGGAUUUCCCCGCCCCUCACCCCCACCCCCACCCCGGGUUCUCCCGUGGGAGAGAGGACCCUCCCCGCACCUCCCCAGAGCUCAGGCCACCACAGUGCAGCUGACCUACUUGUAUCAAACCUCCGCUGCUCUUAAUCAGACUUGUAAAGGUCACCACCCAGGGCAGGGCCCCGGGGGCUUCAGGACCACUGUGGAACCUGCACACAGAGGGACUUCAUGCCCAGUCCUCCUCGCACCACACACUGUUCUAAGGACACAGGGUGCAAAAGGCCGCUGAGAUCCUGCCCUGGGAGGUCGAGGCUGGCCCAGUAAGCAGAGGACGAGCCACAGCUCUAGCUCCAGGUGCCUGAGUCCCAUGGGAGGAAAGGACCGAAUUUAAACGGAGGGGCAGGUUGGUGACUGGCAGCUUAAAGUGGAACUACAAGAUAUCCCCAACUCAGGGAGACCGAGCUGUGGCUCGCUCACUUGCCGCCCACAAUGAUAUUCCUCACGGCUCUGCCCCUGUUUUGGAUUAUGAUUUCAGCCUCUCGAGGGGGUCACUGGAGUGCCUGGAUGCCCUCGUCCAUCUCCGCCUUCGAGGGCACCUGUGUCUCCAUCCCCUGCCGCUUUGACUUCCCGGAUGAGCUCCGGCCAGCUGUGGUGCACGGAGUCUGGUACUUCAACAGCCCCUACCCCAAGAACUACCCGCCCGUGGUCUUCAAGUCCCGCACCCAAGUUGUCCACGAGAGCUUCCAGGGCCGCAGUCGCCUCCUGGGGGACCUGGGCUUGCGCAACUGCACCCUCCUGCUCAGUACCCUCAGCCCCGAGCUGGGGGGCAAGUACUACUUCCGCGGGGACCUGGGGGGCUACAACCAGUACACCUUCUCAGAGCACAGCGUCCUGGACAUCAUCAACACCCCCAACAUCGUGGUUCCCCCAGAAGUGGUGGCAGGCAAGGAAGUGGAGGUCAGCUGCAUGGUGCCCGACAAUUGCCCAGAGCUACGCCCAGAAAUAAGCUGGCUGGGCCAUGAGGGACUCGGGGAGCCGACCGUGCUGGGUCGGCUGCGCGAGGACGAGGGCACCUGGGUGCUGGUGUCGCUGCUACACUUCGUGCCCACCAGGGAGGCCAACGGCCACAGGCUGGGCUGCCAGGCUGCCUUCCCCAACACCACCCUGCAGUUCGAGGGCUACGCCAGCCUGGACGUCAAGUACCCCCCGGUGAUUGUGGAGAUGAACUCUUCAGUGGAGGCCAUCGAGGGCUCCCACGUCAGCCUGGUCUGUGGGGCCGACAGCAAUCCCCCGCCACUGUUGACCUGGAUGCGCGACGGAACGGUGCUCCGCGAAGCCGUGACAGAGAUCUUGUACCUGGAGCUGGAGGAGGUGACCCCCGGGGAGGACGGUGUCUAUGCCUGCCUGGCAGAGAACGCCUAUGGCCAGGACAACCGUACCGUGGAACUCAGCGUCAUGUAUGCACCCUGGAAGCCGACCGUGAAUGGGACAAUGGUGGCUGUGGAGGGGGAGACAGUCUCCAUCCUGUGCUCCACACAGAGCAACCCGGACCCUAUUCUCACCAUCUUCAAGGAGAAGCAGAUCCUAGCCACGGUCAUCUAUGAGAGCCAGCUGCAGCUGGAGCUGCCCGCAGUCACGCCCGAGGACGAUGGGGAGUACUGGUGUGUGGCUGAGAACCAGUAUGGCCAGAGAGCCACCACCUUCAACCUGUCUGUGGAGUUUGCCCCCAUGAUUCUCCUGGAGUCGCACUGUGCCGCGGCCCGUGACACGGUGCAGUGCCUGUGCGUGGUAAAGUCCAACCCAGAGCCGUCUGUGGCCUUUGAGCUGCCGUCGCGCAACGUGACCGUGAACGAGACGGAGCGGGAAUUCGUGUACUCAGAGCGCAGUGGCCUGCUGCUCACCAGCAUCCUCACACUGCGGGGACAGGCCCAGGCCCCGCCCCGGGUCAUCUGCACCGCCAGGAACCUCUACGGCACCAAGAGCCUGGAGCUGCCCUUCCAGGGAGCCCACCGACUGAUGUGGGCCAAGAUUGGGCCAGUGGGAGCUGUGGUCGCCUUUGCUAUUCUAAUUGCCAUCGUCUGCUACAUCACCCAGACACGCAGGAAAAAGAACGUGACAGAGAGCCCCAGCUUCUCGGCGGGAGACAACCCUCAUGUCUUGUACAGCAGCGACUUCCGCAUUUCUGGGGCACCGGAGAAGUACGAGAGCGAGAGACGCCUGGGAUCUGAGAGGAGGCUGCUGGGCCUCCGGGGGGAGCCCCCAGAGCUGGACCUGAGCUAUUCCCACUCGGACCUGGGAAAGCGACCCACCAAGGACAGCUACACCCUGACGGAGGAGCUGGCGGAGUACGCGGAAAUCCGCGUCAAGUGAGGGGGCCGGGGCAGCCCGUGAGCCAGCCGCCCUCAGGACCCUCAAGGCCCCCACUGGCUGUGGGCUCCCUUCCUCCUGAGAGCUGUGGGGGCUGGGGCAGGAAGGGGCUGGGGCAGGUGACACUGAGGUCCUGGGGGCCUGGCCUCCCUCUCCUUCCCAGCUGCCCCCUCCCUGCCAGCACCCUGCGCCCACAUUACAGCUCCCCUCUAUCCUCUCUAACCUCAUCUGUCUGGAGGGGAGCUCUGUCUGUCCAUGUUAUUUAUUGCUGCCCCCCAUCCCCACCCCGCCUGGUCUCCUGUCCCCACACCUGGACCCUGGACCUGUACAAAAGGGACAUGAAAUAAAUGCCCCAACACCAAA